AUGAUCAACUACGACUCUCGACUUGAAAGCAAAAACUCUAUUCCGCGUCAAAACCAGCAAAUCCUACAUAUUAACAGCAUUGCUGCUUUUACUCAAUUAUCUUCGAGUCAUGAUCAUAUUCCAAAUCGACGUGUAUCAGACAACUUUUCCGCACCGCGUUCAUAUACACCUGAAUAUCAUACCCAAACUACAUAUCUUGCUCAACAUCGUCUAUGCGAACAAUUACGCGAAGAAGCCAAACAUCAUCAAACAACCGACACGCUUGUCAUGGGAUUUUCAUCACCUAGAGACAAUCCAUUUCGCGAUAAACAAAAAUGUUCUUUGUUGUAA